AUGUUUUCCAAGCUCCUUUCCAUGAUUGCCAUUUUGGCAGUCUUGUACCUCCAACAAGCGGCAUGCCUCCCCAACCCCCAGUACCAGUACCCCCCGUACGCUCCUCCUACUCAAGGGGGAUACUAUCCACCUAUAUCCACACAACCUAUCUUUCCACCUGCGCCGCCACCCCGAACUGCAUCGCCCAGUUGGCAAUCCAAAUUACGUUGCUCGGGUCAAUACAAUGGACUUGACUAUAAUGACUGUCAAAAUGCUUUCAAGGGACUUAUUGAUCAGUCUUUCCCUGGAGUGACGCCGGUGUCCUCUAUUAUGAUACGAAUCAACAAGGUGGUGCCUUUGCGCUACUUAACCGUUGCGUUUCAAGAGGACAGCCUCUUCUCUGAAGUGGAUGUUGUGAAACCUAAUGAUGACAAUGUUCACGAAUUUUUCGACUUUUCAAAUGAUUUGACCAAUUAUUCCAACACAUUGUGA